AAAUAGUAGUGCAAAACGUCCAAGAUGUGCGCGUAACUGUGUGCGCAGAACAAUAAUAUUAUAAGUAACAUUUGGUCUUUAAAUAGAAUAAUUUUUACAAAACUAGAACGUAUAGUUCGUGCAAACACAAAGGCAUGAAAAUGCUUUUUUAGAAUUUUUCUACGUACAUGUUACACAACGUUUUCUUAGAAUAAAAGAUAACGUUACAGUUAAUGUAUACAAUUUGAAAAACGAACACGUCAUGCAUAUUUAUCAAUAAACUAGAUAAUGCAAGAUAUGUUUCUGGAUCAACCUAAUAUUUGUAAUUUGUUGUAUUAGAUUUUAAUGCUCUUCUUUUAAUCAACUGAUAAACAAGGCAAAAAGCACACAUCUGUCAAGGCAUUUUUUACCCGUGCCACAAUGUUUAUUGUGUGUAAUGGUUUGUUCAAUUCAUUGAUACUACCAACACAAGACUAUAGCAAUGGAGGUUGAUAAGGUUUUUAAAAUUUGAAGACAAAAAGUUUAUGAAAUGAAAAUAUAAAAAAUAUUUUGAAGAAAAGUAUGAAAAGUGAUAAAAAGAAUGUAAGGAAACCAGAGGGAAAGUGAAAAGAAAUUGAGCUAAAAUUAAGCUGUGAAUCUAUGUUACAUGAAUAACCUACCAUCCAAGCAUAUUUAAUCUUGACUACACAAUUUGUAUUUUAAUCUUCUUCGUCAUAUCAAAAAUGACAUUCAAAUAAAUAUGUGAUUUGAAAACAGCCUAAUUAUUGCAAUUUUAAAGAAUCAAACUAAUAUAAUGUAUCAAAUUAUAUUUCAUGAAAUAACAAGAAUCAAUAAAUAAUGUUUGAAACAUAUCGUUAUUAGAUUCAUAAGGUCAACUUAUUUAUGCAAAAUUUUUGCUUAUAUUUCGUCAGACUGCAUAUGUUUUUCACAAUUUAUUAAGCACCACUAUACAAAACUCAUUAAAUAUAUAAUACUAUCUAACAUGGACACAUCUUCAAUGUUAUUAUUGAAAAUAAGUACAAUGAUCGAAGUAAAAUCUUAUGAAAUACAAGCAUAUGUCAAGUACUACUAACAACUGCCAUAGGUUAACUUUUUUUAUCACGUGCAAACUUUUUUCAACACUAAGCUUUACCUGUUACGCGAUAAUCGUUUAUUAUGCUAAAAUAUUUCAUUGGAAUUUCGCUAACGUAAAAGUUCAGUUGAUGGGAAUAUCUAAUGCAACUAGUUCAUUUGUAGAGCCCACACAAUGUGACCGAUGUGGCUGCACAAAAAAGUGGACAAGAUAGCGCACAGAUAUAAUUUUUGCAAAGUAUCGGUUGACAAAAGGUUUAGAUUAAGAAUCAUUUUCCAUUGUGAACAGUGCUCUUAUGUAACAAUAUUUAGUAACAAGGCUUAUUUAAAUAAGUUGAUUUGUUUAAGCUAACGCUGCUUACUAGGAGUAGAUAUGCUUCAUCUUUGAAAAAUUAAAAAAUAUAUGAUAAUAUCUUCUGAAAAUAUGAUAACAAUAUUGAUAAUACAACAAUUUUUGUUUACGAACUGCACCAAACAUAACUUAUUUUUUGUUGCAAAAUAUUAUGAAUGAUAUCGUUUAUAUUUAAGAAAUGCUUUAUUAAAUGUAUUUCAAAUACAAUUGGACUUCCAGAUUACAUCAGUCAAAAUUUAAUUUUUUUUACAAAAAUAUUAAUUAUGUUAUUGAAGGUGAAGAAGCAAUUAAGCAAAAAAAAAAAAAUAAGAAAUCAUAAUUACUGCAUUUAUGAGAAAUGAACUGCCGCUUCUUGAGAGCAUUUGACGAAAAAGUCUUUUUGAACAUUUUAAUAGGUGUAAGUAUUUAAAGAUGCUUUAAGGAACUAUAAGUUUCGUGAAUUAGAUUCUAAUAAAAUAAUGUUGCAUGCAGUGUAAUAAGAAAAUUGUUAAAGAACAAAUAAGAAAUGUGCAUGGAGAAAAAGAAAAAUUUUCAUUUAAAAUAAGUUAACUGCAAGUGAUGUCUUAAUGAAUAAGAGAUAAAAAGUUGAAGUCAAUACUUUUGAAAUCUAUUCCACCGAAAAAUACGUUCAUUCCUAGUGCAAUGACUUAUAUCAAGUCUCCACGAACGAUGUCGGAACAUCUCCUCGGGCAAUCGGAUAGACCAUCUUCGAUGAUCCUGAGUUCUUUACAGACUAAAAAUGAUUCUGUACGUGACGGUGAUAAACAAUGCGAUAGUACGUCUGAUAUACCAAAACAAAGAUGGAGUAGUGUUAGAGUAAAAGGAGGUAGUACAAAAAGUCUUCUAAUUGAAAAUGGUGGAGCACAAGCACCGCUAAAAAGUGCAAUCAGAAAGGAGGUCUUAUCUCUUGGUGCUGAUGUUCUCCCAGAGUAUAAACUUCAAUCUCCACGAAUUCAUAAAUGGACUAUUUUGCAUUAUUCACCAUUUAAAGCUGUUUGGGACUGGAUCAUUCUGCUACUUGUGAUGUAUACAGCUAUCUUUACACCUUACGUUGCUGCUUUCUUACUUCCAGAACCUGAUCACCAUCGAAAGAAAACUGAUUCAGAUACAUAUACGGAUGAUCCUAUAGUCGUGAUAGAUCUCAUAGUUGAUGUAACAUUUAUCGUGGACAUCCUUAUUAAUUUCCGCACAACCUUUGUCAAUAGUAACGAGGAAGUAGUAUCUCAUCCAGGAAAAAUAGCUGUUCAUUAUUUAAAAGGUUGGUUUAUUAUCGAUCUUGUAGCGGCAAUACCAUUCGACCUAUUAUUAUUUGGCUCAAAUACGGAUGAGACGACUACUCUCAUUGGUUUGUUAAAGACUGCAAGACUUUUGCGUUUGGUUAGAGUCGCACGAAAAAUCGACAGAUAUAGCGAAUAUGGUGCUGCAGUACUUCUUUUGUUAAUGGCAACAUUUGCUUUAAUAGCUCACUGGAUGGCAUGUAUAUGGUACGCUAUUGGAAAUGCUGAAAGGCCAAAGCUAAAGAGUAAAGUGGGAUGGCUUGAUAUUCUAGCUAAUGAUACCCACCAGUUUUAUUUCAGUAACGAUACUGGUGGCCCUAGUAUCAAGAGCCGUUAUAUAACUGCAUUAUAUUUCACUUUUAGUAGCCUAACCUCAGUUGGUUUUGGUAAUGUUGCUCCAAAUACUGAUGCGGAAAAGAUAUUUACAAUCAUUGUAAUGCUUAUAGGAUCACUGAUGUAUGCAAGUAUUUUUGGUAAUGUAUCAGCAAUCAUUCAACGACUGUACAGCGGAACUGCGCGAUAUCAUACUCAAAUGUUACGAGUCCGAGAAUUUAUUAAAUUUCAUCAAAUUCCGAAUCCACUCCGUCAAAGAUUGGAAGAAUAUUUUCAACAUGCUUGGGCGUACACAAAUGGUAUUGAUAUGAAUAGUGUCCUGAAAGGUUUUCCUGAGUGUUUACAAGCGGAUAUUUGUCUUCAUUUGAAUCGCAAUUUACUAAGCAACUGUCGAGCAUUUGAAGGCGCCAGUCCUGGAUGUCUAAGAGCUUUAUCAUUGAAGUUCAAAACUACCCAUGCUCCUCCAGGAGAUACAUUAGUACACCGUGGAGAUGUACUUACCUCACUGUACUUUAUAUCACGAGGAAGCAUAGAAAUUCUCAAAGAUGAUAUUGUAAUGGCUAUUCUUAGCAAAGAUGAUAUUUUUGGAGAAAAUCCAUGUAUAUAUUCAACUAUCGGCAAAUCUUCAUGCAAUGUAUGUGCUUUGACUUAUUGCGAUUUGCACAAAAUCCAUCGCGAUGAUUUACUUGAUGUAUUGGCUCUAUACCCUGAAUUUGCUAGCCAUUUCAGUGAAAAUCUUGAAAUUACUUUUAAUAUGAGAGAUGAAGAACAAGAAGGUGUUGAUCCGUUGACAACAAGGCUUCCUGUUAGUACACCAACAAAGAUAGACUGUGACACUAAACGGUAUUCUUUCCGUCCACUGCGAUAUCAUCGAAGUUCUGUUGGAUUUCUUAGUUCAAAAUUUGGUCCAGUCUAUCAACAGGAUAUUCCACAAGAAGAAUUACAAGACGAAUAUGAAAGAGCAAGUUCACGUGGAAUUUUAGAAUUUAACACAGAAAAAGCUGGUCAAGACGUAACGCCACUAAAUUUAGACUUUGGCGAACCAAAACAGAGAAGUUCAACUAUUGACUCCAUAACAGGUGUGUUUACUCAUCUCAAACGAAGUUUUCCUGAUCUGCGGCAACAUAAAAUUCAUCAUCAACCAUUAACCAGCAAUGAUUGCCUUGCCAAACAAGGUAUGUACAAAUACGUCAUGCUCAUUCAAAUUGUUUUGUGUAUUAAAAAAACUUUCCCCGUGUGGUCAUUUUUCUUAACGUUGAUGUAUAUUUUUUUCUUGCUGCAGAAAAUAAUAGUUUUUUGAAAUAAAAUUAAAAAAAUUUUAAGAGAAAAAUUGUAGUAAUAGCCACAGUACGGAAGUCUUUUAUUUUUUCGUCUACGAAAAAUAUCACACGAUUUUUGACUGAUUAGGCUAAAAUGUAAAGAAUACUUCUGUUUCACACAAAAGAAUUCAUUUUUUGGUUCUCUAGUACCGUCAUUGUAAAAUGCAAGAAUAAUACUUUUUAUAAUUUUCAAUUUUUAUGCUGUAUGAUGGCUGCCGAAAGCAAGAGAGAGAGAGAGAGAGAGAGAGAGAGAGAGAGAGAGAGAGAGAGAGAGAGAGAGAGAAAACGAUACUUACAGAACUGUAUAACAUGGCAAACUCAACAGGAGGUGAACUCAAUUAGAAUUUUUCUGUGCUUACAUACUCAUGAUGUAUUUGUUCAAAUACCUUUGAUUUUGUAGAUACUAGAUGAAUGCGCUCCUAGCAAGUUUUUCAAAUGUUAUUUGAAAUUUUCGCGUCAGAGUGCGACAGUUACAUUCAAAAUCGCUUCGCAAUGCAAGACGUCAGCCACCGUAGCCGUAAGGUUGCGUGUGGCGAGCUAGUUUUAAUGAUAUGAUUUAUACAAUAUAUUCAUCAAUAGUGUAUCUAGAAGAGGAUUAAAUCGCCUACUUUUUCCUGAAAAAUUUUCAAGAUUUCAACUGUUUCUUUUAAUUGUUAUGAUGAAAAAGGUGUUUUUAAAACAAAAUUUAAUAUCUUUGAAAUCAAACUGUGAAACGUUCUGAAAAAAAUUAUGGUAAUACAAAACGAUGCUAUAUAUUUUCUGUAAUAAUUAUAGGCCAUUUUGGCUACUAGGUUUUGAGCUAAGAAUCCGAAACUAA